UCUGCCAACCAGGCUCGGUGGGUGACAGGUAACCGUGUUUCCACCAAGCUGUUCAGGCCUGCAGUGGCACGCUGGAACUUCCAGAGGCUUGCAGACCUGAAGCAGUGUGAUGUGGUCCAGGUAAUUAUCACACACACGUAUACACAUGCUCACACUCACUCAGUCACUCACUCGGUUUUGUUGUAUAAUUAUUUUCACUUAAGAAAAUUGUGCGUCUCUCUUUUAGAUCUUACACCCUUAUCAGCUCAACCACAGCCCUCACAGCUGCAGUCUUCUGCCCCCGCACCUGCUACACUGGCUGCGACAGGUGAUACAGGUAAUUACCACAUACAUGUAUAGACACAUGCAUACUCUGACUCACUUGGGGCUCUAUUCAAUCAUAUCCGCUUUAGCCGACAUCCGCAUAGCAGUUGUUUUGGCAGUGUCUAAGGUGGAACUGUGUUAGAGCUCUCAAAUCCACAAAUGGCUCCUGGCAUUGUACCUAAAGCAGACAUUGCCAUUGGCUGCACGGAGUCACAUUAACUGAAAUCUCAUGCAGCCCUGUUUACAGUUACACCUCCGACAUCGCUAAAACAUCAGCUAUACGGGUGUCGGCUAUCGCCGGUUAACGCUUGAUCUGAUUGAAUCCAGACCUUACACUCAUUCACUCUGUAUGAUUAUUGUCAGUUAAGAAAAAUGUGCCUCUCUCCUUUAGAUCUGCCAUCCCCAGCAGUUCAGCUGCAGUCACAGCAGUCCUCUGCUGUGGUAUUUAAUUUACCGGCUGCACUAGUUCCUCCUGCACUGGCCAUGAAGAGAGAAACUUUUGAGGAUUCCCAGAUGGAU